ACCGUAUUACCUAGGUCGCAUCAUCCAAAUAGCACCAAUUUAUUAUAUAUCGCUAUAUUUCUACAUAAUUUACGUUAAAUAUCUCGUAAAUGAUAUGUUUUUCGACACGUCUGUUGUCAGCGCCUGUAAUAGCAAUUGGAUUCUCAAUGUAUUGUUUGUAUCCAACUAUAUCUCAUCCGAUCAGACGUGCAUGUUUUGGUCCUGGUCCGUUCCCGCCAUUUUACAGUUAGCCCUCAUCGCACCGGCGUUUAUGAUUAUACUUAUCAAAAACUUUCGAACUGGACUAGGGGCAAUCAUUAUGGGACACAUUAUGUUCAUGGUCAUUGAGUUCUAUAGAUUUUACUCAAAUGGAUUCGUCAAGCAACUCUCAUUUGAUGAUAUUGCAGCUACUAACAAUCCGAUUAACGAAUUUCUACAGAAAAUACAGGGUUGUCACCAAAACAUGGAACCCAUUUGGGAGGCUUGGCAUUUGGACACCUGUGCCAUUUUGUUUUGA